GCCAACUGCUCUACACAUUGAUGCCCGCAAUCCCCGAAGAUCAAAUGCCGAAAUAGAUCUCACUCCAGCCUCAACUAUGGCGACACAGCACGACCCUCUUCUCAGCCUGCGCCAGGCUACCGCAGCCAACCAACCUCCCAUCCUCUCGACCUCCUCCGAUCCCUCCUCAGCGCCCGAUGAAACGAACAUUGCCCUCGCAUCGCAUCUCCUCUUUACCCACGGACCCGAGAAGUUCUCCCUUCCGCUCAGCACCCAAACGCGAUUCGUAUCAAGUAGCGGCCCCGUCGACCUAAGGAGCAUCUACUUCGCCUGGCAGAAGAAAGAUGUCUCCAUUCCGGACUACAUCACCGCGACCCAGCGGGUCAACGAGGAGCUCGUAGCGCCCGGCGCAGCGGGGGGGAAGAUCCAGAAUCUGGUCUUCGUGGAGCGGUUGGAUCUGGCGUCGUGGCUUGAGGGGACGUCGGAUGAAAGCGAAUAUAUCAAGCCGCUCGACCCGGCCGUCGCGCGGGCGGAGACGUCCGCUCAGGUCGCGGCGGGUGUCGCGGGAGGGAUUCCAACUGUCGGAGCGGCUCCUGGGGCUCCGAAAGCUGCUAAAGAGAUCGACCCGCGGCUAGCAGAGAUAUAUAGUGGUGAGCGAAAGAUGGGGGAUAGAAACAGCGUUCUGAGAGGCAUCAAACCAACGGACUUCUCGCAUGUUCGAAAACACGCCGAGAUAUUCCUUGGACGCAGCAGACACCGACCGGGUCACCAUUCAGCUGGCCCGCUCACCACAAACCCGGCGCUCGUCUCCAACCUUAAGAAACCCGGCCAGCGGCGCCUGGAACCGAUCAUCCUUCUCUCCCCAUCCGCAUCCUCCCUUCUCCGCAUGACCAACAUCAAACAAUUCCUCGAAUCCGGCCUCUUCGUCCCAGCCGACAGCCCCGCCGCCGCCAGCUCAUCCCUCGCCACGAUCCUCCACAUCCAACGAACCCUCCCAUCCAUCGAUCCCAACCGACCCAUCCGCUUCGUGCUGGUGGAGAGCGUCGACCAGUUCAAACCCGAGUACUGGAACCGGCUGGUAGCAGUGUUCACGACCGGGCAGACCUGGCAAUUCAAGCACUACAAAUGGAGCAAUCCCUCCGAACUGUUCGCGCACGCGCUGGGGAUCUACGUGGGCUGGAACGGCGAGAAGCUGCCCGAGACGGUGAAGGGCUGGGGUCGAGGAGUCAAGGCUGCCAGCGUUGACAAAUGGAGUCCGCACCAAGGGGAGAAGGGUCGAUGGCGGGAUCGCGAGGUGGUCGAGGGGAUCUGGACGGCGAUUGAAGAGAGCAUGCGGGCGAAAGGAUGGGGGCGGGAUGGAUUUGCUGGCGGUAGAUAGGGUCAAUCCCGGACAGCAUUUGCAGGCGUUUGGUCGUGUUAGGUUACGGUUCAUAUCCGCUUUUAGCGUGGAGAAAACGGUCCCGUUCCGGAGUCGGAUAUCCCAGCGGUGUAGGUAGACAUCAUAGUUCCACCCGAGGAACACCCCGUUCCUCACGAAUUGAAUAUCCGACUAUAUAACAACUCAUGCCUCCCCACCCAAAGAUCCACUG